GGAGGAGGCGCAGCGGGGCAGCAGGGCGUGGAGCCGCCGCGGGAGAGUCUCAACAGGAAGAGGAGUCCAACAUGGUGCGGUGCCACAGCGCCCCGGACACCGACUGAGCGACGCCUUCACCUGCUUUCUGCUCACCUGCGGCGCGCACGGAGGACACUUGAGGUGCAGCCAUGAGUCGGCGGCGAGCGGACUCCCAGGGUUCCCUGGGGCCGGACGAUGAGGUCAUGCCGUACAGCGACGACGAGACGGACGACGAGCUGGACGUGACCUCGGAGGAGGAGCCCGAACAGCCGCCGGGGGCCCCACAACCCCCGGCGGAGACCAGACCGAGUGAGAUGGGCUGGAAGGUGAAGGCUAAUGACCGGGCGUAUCACCAGCUGCCUGAGUUCCAGAAAAAAGUCUUCCUGUGCGUAAAGAAGAGCAGAUACUCGGGAAACGCCAUCAGGACCUACAAAUACAACGCGCUGACGUUCCUCCCGCUGAACCUGUUCGAGCAGCUGAAGAGAGCCGCCAACUGCUACUUCCUGGCGCUGCUCAUCCUCCAGGUCAUUCCUGACAUUUCCACGCUGCCUUGGUACACCACGCUGAUCCCCCUGGUGGUGGUUCUGGGAAUCACAGCCAUCAAAGACCUGGUGGAUGAUCUGGCUCGUCACCGGAUGGACAAGGAGAUCAACAACAGGAAGUGUGACGUCCUCUCAGGUGGAAGCUUCCAAGAGUCCAAGUGGAGACACAUCCAGGUGGGAGAUGUGAUCCGGCUCCGGAAGAACGACUUCGUCCCGGCCGACGUGCUGCUGCUGUCCAGCUCCAACCCCAACAGUCUGUGCUACGUGGAGACGGCGGAGCUGGACGGAGAGACCAACCUGAAGUUUAAGAUGGGACUGCGGGUGACCGACGAGAGGCUGCAGGAGGAGCGGCAGCUGGCGGAGUUCGACGCCCUGAUCGAGUGCGAGGAGCCCAACAACCGUCUGGAUAAGUUCACGGGGACGAUGCUGUGGAAGGGCGAGCGCUACCCGCUGGAGCUGGACAACAUGCUGCUGAGAGGCUGCAAGGUCCGCAACACCGAGGUCUGCCACGGCCUGGUCAUCUUCGCAGGCGCCGACACCAAAAUCAUGAGAAACGGAGGGAAGACCCGGUUCAAGAGGACCAAAAUCGACGAGCUGAUGAACUACAUGGUUUAUACGAUCUUCCUGCUGCUCAUCCUGAUCUCAGCCGGUCUGGCCAUCGGCCACUCCUACUGGUACGACGACAUCGGCUCCAAGGCCUGGUACCUGUACGACGGCAAAAACCAGGAUGCCUCGCUGCGGGGCUUCCUCAGCUUCUGGGGCUACAUCAUCAUCCUCAACACCAUGGUGCCCAUCUCCCUCUACGUCAGUGUGGAGGUGAUCCGUCUUGGUCAGAGUAAGUUCAUCAACUGGGACCUGCAGAUGUACUUUGCAGAGAAGGACACACCAGCAAAGGCUCGGACCACCACCCUGAACGAGCAGCUGGGGCAGAUCCAGUACAUCUUCUCCGAUAAGACGGGGACGCUGACGCAGAACGUCAUGCAGUUCAAGAAGUGCACCAUCGCCGGGCGGAGCUACGGUGACCCAACCACAGCGGAGGGAGUGUCUCUGGACCGAGGGAGGCCGGUCGACUGGAGCUGGAACCGCCUCGCCGACAAGAAGUUCCCCUUCAUGGACCACCUGCUGGUGGCAAACGUCCGGUCCAAGAAGGACAAGGAGGCCAACGAGUUCUUCAAGCUGCUGUCGCUGUGCCACACCGUCAUGGUGGAGCACAAAGACGGCGAUCUGGUGUAUCAGGCGGCGUCUCCAGACGAGGGCGCUCUGGUGACGGCGGCCAGGAACUUCGGCUACGUCUUCCUGUCCCGGACGCAGGACACCAUCAGCAUCAGGGAGAUGGAGCAGGAGAACACCUACGAGAUGCUGGCACUGCUCGACUUCAACUCCGACCGCAAGCGCAUGUCCAUCAUCCUGAGGUUCCCUGACGGUCGGAUCCGUCUGUACUGUAAAGGAGCGGACACGGUGAUCUACGAGCGCCUCUCUCCCAACUCCAGAUACAAGGAGAGCACGCAGACGGCUCUGGACGUCUUUGCCAACGAGACCCUGCGGACGCUUUGCCUGUGCUACAAAGACAUCAGCACCGACGAGUACGAAGCCUGGUCCAGGAGGCACAAAGAGGCCCAGGUGGCCCUGGUGGACCGAGACGGCGCUCUGGACCGCGUGUACGAGCAGAUCGAGAACAACCUGCUGCUGAUUGGAGCCACUGCUAUUGAGGAUAAACUGCAGGACGGAGUACCGGAGACCAUCGCCAAGCUGGCCAAGGCCGACAUCAAGAUCUGGGUCCUGACCGGAGAUAAGAAAGAAACGGCGGAAAACAUCGGCUACUCCUGUUCGCUCCUGACCGACGACAUGCACAUCCACUACGGCGAGGACGUCAACGACAAGCUGAGGAUCCGACAGGCCACCAGGAGAAACGUUCCUCAGACUUUCAGGCACGGAAAAAAGAAACCCGAGGAGCCUUUCUUCCCCGAGCCCGGCAAGAACGCUCUGAUCAUCACCGGAGGAUGGCUGAAUGAGAUUCUGUAUGAGAAGAAGAAGAAGCGCCGUCGCCUGCGUCUUCGCCGUCUGGGAAGAAGACCGCCUCCCAGCAACCCUCAGGACGGACAGCCGCAGAACGAGUGGGAGAAGGAGAUGAGACAGAUCGACUUUGUGGACAUGGCGUGCGAGUGCGAGGCGGUCAUCUGCUGCCGCGUCACGCCCAAGCAGAAGGCCAACGUGGUGAGUCUGGUGAAGAAGUACAAGAAAGCCGUGACGCUGUCCAUCGGAGACGGAGCCAACGACGUCAACAUGAUCAAGACUGCGGACAUCGGCGUGGGCAUCAGCGGUCAGGAGGGCAUGCAGGCCGUCAUGUCCAGCGACUACGCCUUCGCUCAAUUCCGCUACCUGCAGCGCCUCCUGCUGGUCCACGGUCGCUGGUCGUACAUCCGCAUGUGCAAGUUCCUGCGGUUCUUCUUCUUCAAGAACUUCGCCUUCACCCUGGUUCACUUCUGGUACUCCUUCUUCAACGGAUACUCCUCGCAGGUCGCCUUUGAAGACAUGUUCAUCACUCUCUACAACCUGUGCUACAGCAGCCUUCCCAUCCUGCUGGUCGGACUCCUGGACCAGGACGUGAACGACAGACUGAGCCUGAAGUUCCCGAAGCUCUACCUUCCGGGCCAGCAAGGCCUGUUGUUCAACUACAAGAACUUCUUCAUCAGCUUGUUCCACGGCAUCUUCGUCUCGCUCAUCAUCUUCUUCAUCCCGUACGGGGCGUUCCUGCAGACCAUGGGGCAGGACGGCGAGGCGCCCUCGGACUACCAGUCCUUCGCCGUGGUCACCGCCUCGUCCCUGAUCUUCGUCGUCAACCUGCAGAUCUCUCUGGACACGUCGUACUGGACCUUCGUCAGCUGUUUCGCCGUUCUGGGCAGCAUCGCCAUCUACUUCGGGAUCAUGUUCGACAUCCACAGCGCGGGAAUCCACGUCCUGCUGCCCUCGGUGUUCACCUUCACCGGCGCCGCGUCCAACGCGCUGCGUCAGCCCUACCUGUGGCUGACCAUUAUCCUGACGGUGGGCGUCAGCCUGCUGCCGGUCAUCUGCAUCCAGUUCCUCCAUAAGACCAUCUACCCCUCUGUCGGAGACAAGGUCCAGAGGAACAGGAAGAAGUACGAGAUGGAGCUGGAGCAGGACGAGAAGAAGAAGCCCUCGGCCUUCCAGCGCGGCGGCCGGUCCCGCCGGUCCGCCUACGCCUUCUCGCACUCCCGCGGCUACGCCGACCUCAUCGCAUCAGGGCGGAGCAUCCGGCGGCGCCCGACGGGCAGGGCGGGGAACCAGGACACCAUACGGGAGGCCCCGCGGAGGGAGGCGGAGAACAUCUGAGAGACCCGGGCGCUCCUCCUGGUUCCUCCUGGUUCCUCCUGGUUCCUCCUGGUUCCUCUGGAGUCGCAGCCUGAUGAGACGGACAUGUUGAUGAAGCGCCGCUGAAGGCUGUGGUCCAGGCUCCCAGUGCCGCACAAACUUAAAAAAAAAAAAACCCAACUCACCGAAGAGAGACUCGCCAUCAGCGGGGUCAGAGGUCACACAGCUUCUGUGUGACCCUCAAUGUCAUUUAACUCAGGAUUUUAAUAAUGAAAGCCUUCUUUUUAGCCAGUGUAUCUCUGUUCCGCCAUUAGGUAACCUCUUGUGUGCAGAUCACAUGACGUGUUCUUCCCAGCUGUCCUUCCGUUCAUAACACGUUGAAACUGACCAAUAAUCUGUCCAGAAAUCCUCUUUUAAAGGUUUUACUCCAAACCAGGGUGGGCUGUUACUAUGCCAGGCUAUGCAACGGUGGUCGGAUAUUUUGUAGUGUUUCUUAAUUUAAAUAUGAGAUGUGAAUCAUCUUUUCUCUGUGCUGCUUCGAUACGCCCAAGUGUACUGAUACUGACGUUGCAACGACUUCUUUAGAGGAUGCCGUCUUUUAAAACGUUGAAAUACCUUUUUGAAAGCUUCAUCCCGGUCAGUGCCUCACGUUUUUGAUGUUUGUCCUGUUUAAACUGUGCCUUACCUUUCACUGAUGCUUCUGUCGAGGAAUGUGCAUUUAAACAUUGAGGUUUUUCUGUUUUAUCUUAUUUCUAUUUUUAACUGUUCAGAAGUGGCAUUAAAUCUGUGUGUGUGUGU